ACGAACCCCCUGGUUUAGAGGGAACAAAGUUUCUGUUAUGAGAAUUGAUAUUUGAUAGUAGCGCGAAAUUUCCCCUGCAAAAAUCCUUAAACAAAACAGAGAAAUUCCUCCAUUGUAAUAAAUUCUCUUUAUGCUGAUUUCAUUUAUGGAAUGGCUUUUCUCGGAUCCAAUAUAACAAGCGAGGUUGGGUUGCGGUUACUUCUCUGCCCACUUGGUUCUAACAUUGUAGUUCGAACAGCAUGCUGUUCUGUGGGAGUUGUUUUACCCGUAUACUCCACUUUCAAGGCCAUUGAGAAGAAAGAUCAAAAUGAGCAGCAAAAGUGGCUAAUAUACUGGGCAGCAUAUGGUUCCUUCACCCUUGUAGAAGCAUUUGCAGACAAGUUGAUCUCUUGGGUUCCAAUGUAUUACCAUGUGAAGUUCGCAUUCCUAGUGUGGCUUCAACUCCCCCUUUCUGAUGGUGCAAUGCAAUUGUACAAGAACCACCUGCGUCCAUUCUUCUUGAGACAUCAAGCUAGGGUUGAUCUGCUUGUGGGCUUGACAUAUGGUGAGAUGGUCAGAAUUAUCAGCAAACACCAAGCAGAAAUUGAAUAUGCUAGGGCUAUACUUUUGAAGAUCACAGGCCCAGCUGACCAAACGUCAAAACGUGAAUCUGAUCUGUCAGUAGAGCACCUAGCAAUUGAAGGCGAGACAAGGACAAGCACAGAUACUGAAUCUGAUUUUGAUGAUUAACUCCAUUUAUGUUGUUCAUUUACAUGAUUUCAUAUCCUCGUAUAUUCUAUGAAGGUAGCUCCCUGGCACACCUCUGUCAGUUGCAGUAGUCUCCGAACUCAAUCGGCAGAGAACUUCUGAUUGUCUAUGGUGGCCGGAUAUGGGUCACAAAAAGUAGUGCAAUUUUUUAGCAAGAAAUUAUAAUUUUUUGUCACCGGACUGCGGAUGGUUUGUUAUGUAUUCCUUGUAAAAGAUCAUCCACUUGAAAAUUUGUCUAAUAGUAGGCAAUUCUAUUUCCAAUUAAAGUCGUUACCUUCUCUA